CUCCAAUUCCAGCUACGCUGGCAAGCUUUGGCGGCAUUUCUGAAUCUUGAGCAUGGUGGAAUGGCGCAUUGGCAAGCACAGCAUUCCGUGCUAUGUAGAACUGUAGCUCCCUCAUGCACAGCUUGAUCAGUUCGUUUGCUGCCCUGUUGAUGAACUAGUUGUCUGCUGAUCAGGCCAACACGUUGUUGGUCCACUAUGGAAGACAGAAGCUUGGCUCCAAGCAUCAAUGAGACAUUUUUCAGCAAGAGCAUUGCGGUUCGUAUUGAGCUCUGAACUCCACCAAGCCAAUCCAAGUUCGUGAAGAGCUUUGAUGAUGUGAUGCGUGGAAGCAAAUGCUCUAUGUACAAGCCUCCUGAUCAUUCACUGCACACCACUCACUUGUACUUUGGCGCCGCAUAAGGUUUUAAAGCGUGGUUCGUAAUCUCAAAGCUCAUGCUACUCAUAGGGCGCCAUCGCCAGUGAGCUUGUUUACGAGGACUAUAAAGCGGCAGCUUUCUCAAAGCAAGGUGGACACAUAGAGAGAUAGGCGUGCAUUUGAGCUGGACGUGCGGAUGGCGAAAGCGGACCCAGACUCGGCGGUGUUCCGGUUGGAGGAAGCAAUCGCGAACCUGUGUCAGGAAAGCGAUGGGGGCGUCACCCAGAAGAUGCUCCAGGAUGAGCUGCCGGACAUUCCGCUCGAGGAGCUGGGGUCCGCGCUCAAUGUGCUGCUGUCGCGGCACCAGCUGCAAAUGUACACACAGGCCAGCACGCUCUACUACAAGCCAGUCAACCAGGAGGAUCGGGUGCGCUUCCGGGGCCUCGGAUCCGAAGAAAUGCUGGUUUAUCAGAUCAUCCAGGCGUCGCAAAACAUGGGUAUCUGGACCCGGGAUCUAAAGCUGCGGAGCAAUCUGCAGCAGCCGCAGAUCACGAAAAUUAUUAAGACGCUCGAGGGGCGGCGGCUGAUAAAGGCGGUCAAAUCUGUUGCGAGCAAGAACCGCAAGGUAUACAUGCUGUACGAGAUCGAGCCGUCGCGCGAGAUCACGGGCGGAGCUUGGUACACGGAACAGGAAUUUGACGCGGAGUUCAUCGGAGUGCUGCGCGAGGCCGUCAAAAAGUUCGUGGAGAACCAGGGAAAGGUCACGCUGGAGGAGAUUGCGGCGUUCGUCAAGUCGUCGGGCGCGACCAAGGUCGACCUCCGACUGGAAGACUACCAGCAAGUGGCGAACACGCUGGUAUACGACGGCGAAGUGGAAGAGAUUUCGGAGUUCGACCCCGACGAGGACGCAGACACGACGUUCUAUCGGAUGUCGCCCAUGAGCGUCCCCGAGACAAACGCUUUCACGUCGAUACCAUGCGGAGUGUGCCCGGUGUUGCACGAAUGCUCGGACGACGGCCUGAUAUCCCCUGCAACCUGCGUCUACUAUCAAGAAUGGCUGCAGUUCUGAAGCUGGGACCUUUUCCCCCAGAACUUCGUAAGCGAAGCCUUGCGGCAAAGCCUAGAAGUCUCCCCUCCAAAGCGGCACGCAGCGGCGGUGACGUUUGCAUUUGAUGAGAUCAUUCACGGGGAUCGAUACCAAUUAUUUCCUUGCUUUGCGUCACUUGCUGUCAACAUCAGGCCUUUAUGCAUUGCGCUGAUAAACCCCUCUGCCGUCAGCUUGGAAUCAUAAGACGAGAGCGAAGACUUUGAGCUGCCCGUAUCCGGUCGACGAUCAGACCGCGAGGUUUAUUAUGCAAUCUCUGUGGCUAUCUUGGAGUUCUCUUCGUACC